AAAGCAUCCUGGGAGGCCGGGCUCGCGCCGGAAGGCGGUGCGACCGCGGGGCGGUGGCGGCGAGAUUAUAAAAGGGAGCGCGCCCGCGGCAGGCGGAAGUGGGCGGUUCGUCGGCGCGGUGCUCUGUUGUUUGGGGUUGGAGCUGGUGGAGGGGCGUUCUCCGGACGGACGGCCGCCGGGGUAGGUAGGCCGCGCUGACAGGGCCGCCGCCCCGCCGCUUCUCGCCCUGUGCUCCGUGCGCCCGCGCUCUCCUCGUCCCGCAGGCCCCAACAUGGCGCAGGAGGUGUCGGAGUAUCUGAGCCAGAACCCGCGAGUGGCCGCCUGGGUGGAGGCGCAGCGCUGCGACGGCGAGACGGACAAACACUGGCGCCACCGCCGGGAGUUUCUGCUUCGCAACGCGGGCGACCUGGUCCCCGCGCCCGACGAGGCUGCGGAGAGCGGGGCGCGCAGUCGGCAGCUGCAGCAGCUCGUCUCCUUCUCCAUGGCCUGGGCAAACCACGUCUUCCUGGGGUGCCGGUACCCUCAAAAAGUUAUGGAUAAAAUUCUUAGUAUGGCUGAAGGCAUCAAAGUGACAGAUGCUCCAAUCCAUACUACACGAGACGAACUGGUUGCCAAGGUGAAGAAAAGAGGGAUAUCGAGUAGCAAUGAAGGGAUAGAAGAACCAUCCAAAAAACGAGCCAUAGAAGGAAAAAAUAAUUCUUCAGUUGAGCGAGAUCAUGGAAAGAAAUCUGCGAAAACGGAUCGUUCUUCAGCUCAGCAGGAAAACAGUUCAGCGUCCGCAGGGUCCUCUACCAAAUCAGAGAGCAGUGGGACCUCGGCUCGGAGCAGCUCUGGGGUCUCUAAUCAGACUAGCUCUGAGAGUGAAGGAGAUAGACCUGCCUGCAGCCAAAGCAGCAGCAGCAGCAAUUCCUCUCAGGUAACAGCAGCAGGGUCUGGAAAAGCUUCUGACCCAGACGCUCCAGAUAAACAUGCAGCAGCGUUUGUUUCUUCAUUGUUGAAGUCAAGUUUGAAUAGUCAUAUGACCCAGUCCACUGAUUCCAGACAGCAGAGUGGAUCACCUAAAAAGAGUGCUCUAGAAGGUUCUUCAGUCUCAGCUUCUCAGAGCAGCUCAGAGAUUGAGGUGCCCUUGUUGGGUUCCUCUGGAAGCUUAGAAGUAGAGUUGCCAUUACUGUCUUCUAAGUCUAGUUCAGAGACAGCUUCAAGUGGCUUAACAUCCAAAACUAGUUCAGAGGCAAAUAUUUCACCAUCAGUUUCUAAAAACAGUUCCUCAUCAGGCACCUCUUUACUAACUCCCAAGAGCAGUUCAACAACUACAUCACUUCUGGCUUCCAAAACCUCUUCUCAGGUAGCUGCAUCACUGUUAGCUUCCAAAAGCAGCUCCCAGAGCAGUGGAUCUAUGGCUUCCAAGAGCACUUCCUUACCAAGCGUGUCUCAGCUAGCUUCUAAGAGUAGUUCUCAGAGUAGCGCCUCACAGUUGCCUUCUAAAGGUACCUCACAGUCCAGUGAGAGUUCUGUCAAAUUCUCUUGUCGAAAGUUAACCAAUGAAGAUAUAAAACAGAAGCAACCUUUCUUCAAUAGACUGUAUAAAACAGUGGCGUGGAAGUUAGUAGCUGUUGGUGGCUUUAGCCCCAAUGUGAAUCAUGGAGAGCUGCUAAAUGCAGCUAUUGAGGCUCUGAAAGCAACACUGGAUGUGUUUUUUGUCCCACUAAAAGAACUGGCGGAUCUGCCUCAGAAUAAGAGCUCUCAAGAAAGUAUUGUUUGUGAAUUGAGGUGUAAGUCGGUGUAUUUGGGCACUGGCUGUGGGAAAAGCAAAGAAAAUGCGAAAGCAGUUGCAUCGAGAGAAGCACUGAAGUUAUUUCUCAAGAAGAAGGUGGUGGUGAAGAUCUGUAGAAGGAAGUACAGAGGCAGUGAGAUAGAGGACCUAGUGCUCCUUGAUGAAGACUCGAGACCUCUGAGCUUGCCUCCAGCACUGAAACACCCUCAAGAGUUACUGUAGCCACUGCAUCCAGGAUCUGGGUGGAAGAGAAAAACUGGCUUUUAUAGAUUAUAAAACACUGGCUUUCACAGAUUUUUGUAUUGCUUUUUUCCAGUUUUGCAGAAAAUUUAAAUUCUAGUUCUCUUCACUAAAGUAGAUGUUGUAAAUAAUUUAUGAAUGGCAGUGUUUAUUAAAGGGUAUACAUUGACAGCAUACCAGUGUGCUGUUUUAUUUGCUGAAGAAAAUACUGUAUUCUAUUUUUAAUGAUACAUUAGGUACGAUGUGUAGUUCUGUAGAAAAAAUUUUCUACUUCCAAUUUGGUGGAAAUGUACCAUGCUUUUCUUUCGUCUUUUUUCUCUUUUUUCAUAAUUUGAUUAAAUCACAUAAAAAGGGGACCACAGUAUUUGAAUGUGUAAAAAACUAUAAAGCUUAAGGUUUUAAGAAUAUUGCUCAUAAUGUUGAACAUCUGUUAAAGGUUAAGAGUCAUUGCCUCAAACUAUUUUCAUGAAAUGUUGGAAAUUUUGUUUGUUUGGUUUUUUUUUUUUUUUUUUUUUUAGCGAUAAAUCAGUAUAAAGUACUUACUGUUGUUUUAUUCUGAAGUUGUUUAAAAUUCACUUACCAUGAUUUUGACCGCUGCUGAUUCUUAAGCAGGUUAAUUUAUGUUUUGAGGUAAAAUGCAAUUUACACUUUCUUAAAACAAAUGUGGGUUUCUAUAUUAAGCAUAUUUUGUGACUACUACUAUUAACAGAUUGAUUUGUUUAGAUAUUAAAUGCUUUAAGCUAUUUUACCUUUUCAAGAAGUUGUGGAUUUUUUUUCCCUUCACCCUGAAGUCACAACCAAGUCUUGUAAGUUGGCUCCUAACUACUAUUCAAAGUAAACUACAACCAGGUAGUUUUCAUAAUAUCACACACACGUCUUUAUGGGUAGGGAAGUUAAAGGUCAUGCCUAGAACCAGGUGGUUUUUGUAUUUGCAGAUUUCAGAAGACUGUGGAGAAGACUAGAGAGCCAUGGUCAGUUCUUUAAUGUAUUCAUGUGGAUUGAAUCUGUUAGUAAUGAAAUAGAAUGUAGAAUCUACUGUUUUUCUGUUUUAGGUGAUUCUGUUCAUCUAGUGUGGUUUAUUUUUAAAGUCUGGUCUAAGGUAUUUGAUUAUCUUGGUGGCCUUCUGGCUUUCUAAAUGCUGCACACUGAACAGUAAUGGCAAUAAUGUACAGAAAAAGGAAACGACCUCUCAUAGUCAGUAGUUAUAUUGGAGUUGGAAGGUUGAACGUAAGCAUAAUUUAAGCGUGUAAAAGUUACUCUGUACUUUAGCAAUAACAGAUAUGCUUAGGUUCCUGAGCUUGAACUAAAAUAAUCAGGGAUGUUUGUAUUUUUGCCAGAUAACAUUUUUUAAGUGAUUUAUUUUUUUGAGGAUGGCUCAUUGGAUACCAGAGCAAAAUUAUAUUCUGUAAAUGGGCUACCUUUAUAUAUUGUGGUGGAGAAGAAUUAACAUGAGUGAGAUGUAAAGAUACCUUCAAGUUCCUUUUGUGCUGUAUUUUGUAAACCAAUGUUUACCAGAAGAGUGAGCCAAAAAUUAGAAUAAAUACAUUUCUGAAAUACA